GUCGCUUGUCACACUCGGUUAUCAAAAAGUCGUGAUAAAGAUUUCUAUCAGUUGAAAGUGAAAUAACUCUAAAUUAAAAACAUCGAUCGCGGGCGGCGGCUGUUCCUCGCAGAGCAGAGCAACGUCCAAGGACACUUGGCUGAUACAGAGCUUAAGACAACGGCGCGAGUAAUUCAAGAUGGCGAGCAGUUCGUGGGAGGAGUUCUUUGCUGUCCAUCUGCCGCCACCGGACUUUGAGGACAACAGGUCACUGCUGAAGGAGUUCUGCGAAAGACAUGACCAAUAUGGGAACAAGAUUGUACUCGUUACGUCUGGAGGCACGACAGUACCACUGGAGCACAACACGGUUCGUUUCGUGGACAACUUCAGCGCUGGUACUCGAGGCGCCUCCUCAGCGGAGUAUUUCCUGGAGCAAGGGUAUGCGGUCAUCUUCAUGCACCGUCAAAAGUCGCUGGAGCCGUUCACCAGGCACUUCACUGGCCAGAAGCUUCUGGAUAUGCUGGAAAUUCAAGAUCGAGGACCUAACACUACUAUUUCGGUGAAACCGGACAGCGUAGAUGUACUAGCUCCGAUCCUUCUCCGCUAUAAAGCUGCGCACGCGGCCGGCGCCAUCUUGCACGUGUCAUUCACCACGGUAUCUGAAUAUUUCUGGCUGCUGCGGGCCGCCUGCGAGUGUCUGGCUAACCUGGGCGCCAGGGCCGUACUAUAUCUGGCUGCUGCAGUGUCUGACUUCUAUAUACCUAAGGAUAGAGUGCCCACCCACAAGAUGCAAUCAGCCUGUGGAGCUCCCAUCAUCCAGCUGCACUUGGUACCGAAAAUGUUGGCGCCAUUGGUCAACUUGUGGGUCCCGGAGGCCUACGUCGUGUCCUUCAAGCUGGAGACAGAUGAGAACCUGUUGAUUCCCAAAGCUAGGGCUGCUUUGGAGAAGUAUAAACAUAAGAUGGUUGUGGCCAAUCUCUUGCAGACGCGUCAUCACCGAGUGAUCCUGGUGUCUCCCGACAUCUCGCAGGAGAUCGUACUCACCAGGGAGGAAGUUCAUGCUGGCGUGGACAUCGAGUCGUCGAUAGUAUGCGAGAUAGUCCGGCUGCACGGAUGCCACAUGCGGCUGGCGGGCGAGCCGGUGUCGCCGCCGCGCUCGCCGCGCUGAUCCCUGCGAGCGCGGCCACGACUCUACCUCACCAAUGAGUAGCCGCGCCACGCACAUCCCCCAAAAGUCUCGAGAGACUUCUAAGUGUUGUUUACCCACUACAACUGCCAUAUAACUGGCACCAAUCAGACUUGAACUACUUAACUGUGUUAUCCUAUAACUUCUGUGUGUGUUUCUAAGUGUUUUUGUGGACGCAUCCCUAGCAAAGAUCCUAAGCUGAUUUUCUUUCGUAUCGUUAAAAUAUUGAAGUCAAAAAAUAAAAAUAUUACUUAAUCUGUAUACAAAAAUAUGGUAGAAAAUCCGCUUAGUGUUUUCGCAAGUCUACACAAUCUAGUGAUGUCGUGAAUCAAGUAUCUUAUAUCGAUAAAUCUAUGGACGCUACUGUAAAUAGUAAAAUUCGAUGGACAUAUUUAAUCGAGUCUUUAUAAAAUAUUAUAGCGAAUAUUUUUUAUUCUGGUGUUUGUUGUAAGUAUCUUUGUGACACUAGUGUUGUAAUAUCGACUUGUAAAACUAUCGACUGUUUCUUAGUCGAUAUAAAAACUUCUCGAAUAGGUAAUCGAUUACAGCUGUGUUAUUGAUUGAUGAUAUUAAUAUCUUUUACCUUUCUCGGUAUAUUUUAAAGUUCACGUAUACGUGUAUAAUUUUUAUUUCAUUUAAUUAUGUUUCUAUAUUGAUACAAUUCUUUAUUUAUAAGUCAAUCUGUUAAAAAAUCAAUUGAAUCAUCGAUAUUUAUCUAGUAGUUGUAUUUGAUGUUUUGUCACGUGUCAAGUAAAAAACACGUUGUCUUAAUAAAAAAAAUCGUGAAUAAUAAAGAUAAAAGCGUCAGAAGGCGAUGUUUUAAAAUAGCUAUCUGUUUAAAUCUCAGCCUGACGCACGUGGUUCAUUAACCCCAAAUAUAACGGUUAUGGGUCAUAUCCCAAGAUACGAUAGCACAGCCCUUGGCCGUUUUAAGGUCGAUCCUAAACCCGAUAGCCCCAAUCUCAACACAAAAAAAUGCGAUGACGAAACUAUUCGAAAUAUUGACAUUACUAAAAAUGUUACAAGACUAAAAAAUAUUUUAAUGUUAUUGUUGUGUUGCCAGUCUCAAUUAUUUGUUGAAUUAUAAAAAGGUUUUAUAUCAGUUGCGUUUUUUGACUAUUUAUAUUAUAAUGUAUUUCGAUUUAAAAAGUUUGAACUAUAUGUGCCCCAGUAUGUUCUGACUAGAUUUUAUAUGUCUGUAACGUGUAACUAGGAAAUAUAUGUCUAAGUGUAACAUAGUUUUAGACUGUACAUAGAUAUAGUAUUCAAAAUAUAUCUAUCAAGAACUUCCAAUAGGAUUUUAAAUGUUUACUCUAUAAAAGAUAUAUCAUAAUUGUAACUAUUUAUUAUUGAAUUUUGUCAUGGGGUAACACUGGUUUAUAGCAAAAACGGUUAUAGAAAAAAGUUUUGAUAUCGUUUUUGGUAUAAAGAGUUUAAUUGUUAGUUAAAUGGUUUUUGAUGUGUAGAAUGUAUGACAUAAUUAUAUUAAUGUUAGUAUUAUGGUUUAAGAAUAAGGUUUAUAAUUUAAAUUAUAUAAUAUAUAUGUUUUUU